GCCUGCUAGUCUAGUAUCGUGUCGCGUCGGACGUGCACAGCUAUUUGGCCGCUGCUCCACCGAGGAAUGAACAGGAAGAAUUUAAUCCUUCAGAGGUUGUUUGUUUUGUCGUAAUUUGCGGUGAAAACAGGCGGUUACUCAUUCCUGCUGUUCGAGGAUCAGACUCAGAAUGGCUUGGCUGUGUCGUCUGAGGCCGUGCCACCCCACAGGCAUGGCUAUCUCUCAUUUUCACACCAGCAUCCGUGCCUCUGCCAAACAGCACUACAAGAUGUUGGUCCUUGGAGGGGGAAGUGGGGGCAUCUGUAUGAGCUCACGGAUGAAGAGGUUGUUUGGGGCCGAGAACGUGGCUGUUGUGGAGCCAUCCGAGGUGCAUUAUUAUCAGCCAAUCUGGACCCUCGUCGGGGCCGGGGCUAAAACUGUUGCCUCAUCGGCUCGUCCCACUGCCAGCGUUAUGCCGUCAGGUGUUAAGUGGGUGAAAUCCAAGGUUCAGGAAAUAAACCCAGACAAAAACAGUGUCGUUACAGAAGAUGGGACUGAGAUCUCUUAUGAAUAUUUGAUAGUAGCUCUUGGCUUGCAGCUCCAUUAUGAAAAGAUUAAAGGCUUGCCAGAGGCUUUUGAGCAUCCAAAGAUCGGAUCCAACUACUCUGUCGAAACUGUGGAAAAAACCUGGAAGGCCCUGCAGGACUUCAAAGAGGGCAACGCUAUUUUCACUUUCCCAAACACUCCAGUAAAAUGUGCCGGAGCUCCGCAGAAGAUCAUGUACUUAACGGACGCCUACCUCAGAAAGACGGGGAAAAGGGCAAAGGCCAACGUGAUAUACAACACAUCUCUACCGGUGCUCUUUGGGAUCAAGAAGUACGCCGACACGCUGUGGGACAUCGUGAAAACCCGUGACCUGCAAAUUAACCUCCGACACAACCUGAUUGAAGUGCGGCCCGACAAGCAAGAAGCUGUGUUUGAAAAUCUGGACAAACCAGGAGAAGCCAAAGUGUUUGAGUAUGAAAUGCUUCACGUUACGCCCCCCAUGGGGCCCAGCCUGGUGGUUAAAGGCAGCCAACUUGCUGACAAGAACGGCUGGCUGGAUGUAAACAAAGAAACGCUUCAACAUAACAAAUAUCCAAAUGUGUUUGGGAUUGGAGACUGCACCAACCUUCCCACCGCCAAAACCGGAGCUGCAGUCGCUGCACAGUCUGCAGUUCUGAGCAGAACGAUCAGCAAAUUCCUGAAGAAUCAGAAGCCAGAUAAGAAGUAUGACGGCUACACCUCCUGUCCGCUGGUCACGAGCUACAACACAGUCAUCCUGGCAGAGUUCGACUAUGACGGACAGCCGCUGGAAACGUUCCCAAUCAAUCAAGCCAAAGAGCGACGAUUAAUGUACUACAUGAAGGCCGACGUGAUGCCUCACCUCUACUGGCACGGCCUUCUCCGGGGCCUGUGGGGCGGACCUGGACCAUACAGGAAGCUCCUGCAUCUUGGGAUGAAAUGAAACUGAAUGUUUCCUACAACUAUACAUCAUGUCAUAAACUCCUGGUCUUCAUCAUAAAACAGCAGACUCAUCUCAGCUGCCUAAAGAGAGGGGCGGGGCUUAAUUACAAUGGAAAUGAAUGAUUAUAACAUGAGUAACUCCUUUUCAUUUAGAUAGCUUCUACAUGAAGCUGUUGCUCAGAACUCCAUCAGGUAAAGUGAAACUCCUCCUGAGUCAGUGUCAUAAAGAUGGGUCCACAAUCCAGAUUAAUCCAGCAGAUUAAGAGGGUCACAAUUGGUGUUGCACAAUGUUGAGUACACCUUUGUUUUUUCUUAAAAUCAUAUUAAUCAGUUAUCGGAAAAUACCAUAGCGAUGCCGUAGACUCUGUGGUUGUCUCUAAAAACUACAUGAAUGUGUUUUCUACAA